GCAAAUGAGUCAAUGUGUGCGGAUGAUAAUCUCUCUCUCUCUCUCUCUCUCUCUCUCUCCAUCAUUUAUGAUCGCUCUUUCUCUCCGCUGCUCACUCGCUCUGCGUCUCCGAUCACUCCAUCCAUUCUGAGCCACAAACCCGCGACGUUCAAUGAAUCUGUCCGUAUUAGAAGGGCUUCUAAAUGACACAUCCGCGCGCGUAACUUCUCUUCCAUUCACCAGAAUUGUUCGGCUGUCAUCCUGCGCGCUCUGCCUGGGCUUCAUCCCAGAGAAGAAAGAGGAAAAACUCUGAUUCUUUUGAGCGGGUUUAGGGUGUAAAUGUUGAAGCUGAAUGGCUGGUGCUCAGCCUGGCGUCCACGCGCUUCAACUCAAGCCGGUGCGCGUGUCGGAGAGCCUGAAGCGAGGCAGUAGAUUUAUGAAAUGGGAUGAGGAUUCAUCUACUGUGACCCCAGUGACGUUACGUGUCGAUCCGCAGGGCUACUUCCUGUACUGGACGGACCAGAAUAAGGAAACCGACCUAUUAGACAUCACCUACAUCAAGGAUGCAAGAACGGGCAAGAGCACCAAAACUCCAAAGGAAGCGAAGCUCCGAGAACUGCUGGAUGUGGGGAAUCUUGUGGGGCGGAUUGAGAACUGGACAUUGACGGUGGUGACUGGACCCGACAUGGUCAACAUCCAGUACAUAAACUUCAUGGCCUUCCAGGAGGAUGUCGCCAAGGAGUGGGCAGAAGAGCUGUUUAGUCUGGCGUCCAACCUACUCGCUCAAAACAUGGGCAGAGAAUCGUGUCUGGAGAAAGUUUACACAAGACUCAAGCUGCAGCCCAAUCAAGAGGGGCGAAUCCCUGUGAAAAACAUAUUCCGUAUGUUUUCGGCUGACCGUAAGCGUGUGGAGACAGCGCUGGAGAGCUGUAAUCUUCCGUCCGGCCGGAAUGACUCCAUCCCGUUGGAGGAUUUAACUCAUGAAGUUUACAAGUCAUUCAUCAAUAACCUCUGCCCACGAUCGGAGAUCAACCAAAUCUUUGCUGAUCUUGGUGCGAAGAGCAGAAACUAUCUCACCAUGGAUCAAAUGACCGACUUCAUAAACAACAGACAGCGAGACCCUCGACUCAAUGAGAUCUUGUACCCUCCAGUGAAGCCUGAGCAAACACAACUGCUCAUGGAUAAAUUUGAGCCCAACCCAGGAAUGACCCAGAAAGGGCAGAUCUCUGUGGAGGGUUUUGCAAGGUAUCUGAUAAGUGAAGAAAACAGUGUGAUUCCUCCAGAGAAACUGGACCAGAGUGAAGACAUGACAUUCCCCUUGUCUCAUUACUUCAUCAACUCCUCGCACAACACCUACCUCACAGCCGGUCAGCUCGCAGGCAGCUCCUCCGUUGAGAUGUAUCGGCAGACAAUGUUGUCUGGCUGUCGCUGUGUGGAGCUCGACUGCUGGAAGGGUCGUACUGCAGAGGAGGAACCCGUCAUUACUCAUGGCUUCACCAUGACCUCUGAGAUCUCCUUCAAGGAAGUGAUUGAAGCCAUCGCGGGGUGCGCUUUUAAAACGUCUCCUUUCCCCAUCAUCCUGUCCUUUGAGAAUCAUGUGGACUCUCCCAAACAACAAGCCAAGAUGGCAGAAUAUUGCAGAUCGAUAUUUGGGGAUGCACUUUUGACGGAGCCACUCGAGAAAUAUCCUCUGGAGUCUGGUGUUCCUCUGCCGAGCCCACAAGAACUCAUGGGAAAAAUCCUCAUUAAGAACAAGAAAUCCCACCCCAAACCGUCAGACGGCAGUACGAAGAAAAAACUUACCGAGCAAGCGUCCAACAGCGACUCGUCCAGCGUAUUUGAGCCGUCCUCACCGAGUGCUGGACCUGCAGUGUCUGCAGAGGUGGAGGCUGAUGAAGAUGAUGAUGAAGACGAUGAUGAUGAUGAUUGUAAGAAGUCCAUGGAUGAGGGUACAGCGGGUUCUGAAGCGUUUGCCACUGAAGAAAUGUCCACGCUAGUCAAUUACAUCCAGCCCACUAAAUUCCACUCCUUUGAGGUUUCCAAAAAAACCAAACGCAGUUAUCAGAUGUCCUCGUUCGUGGAGACCAAAGCCCUGGAGCAGCUCACAAAAACACCAGUCGAGUUUGUCGAAUACAACAUGUUUCAGCUCAGCAGAAUUUAUCCUAAAGGAACCCGAGUUGAUUCUUCCAACUACAUGCCGCAAGUGUUCUGGAACGCCGGCUGUCAGCUCGUCGCACUCAACUUCCAGACGAUUGAUCUGUCUAUGCAGUUAAACCUUGGCAUGUACGAGUACAACGGGAAAAGCGGAUACAGACUCAAACCCGAGUUCAUGAGACGACCAGACAAACACUUCGACCCCUUCACAGAAAGCACAGUGGACGGGAUCGUAGCGAACACAUUAUCAGUAAAGAUCAUAUCAGGACAGUUUCUGACAGAUAAGAAGGUGGGAGUUUAUGUGGAGAUUGACAUGUUUGGACUUCCAGUUGACACAAGACGGAAAGCUUUUCGGACAAAAACGUCCCAAGGCAACGCCAUCAACCCUGUGUGGGACGAGGAACCUAUCAUCUUUAAAAAAGUUGUUCUGCCCACUCUUGCGUCCCUGAGAAUAGCUGUGUUUGAAGAGGGUGGCAAGUUUAUCGGUCAUCGGAUAAUUCCAGUGUCAGCCAUCCGACCGGGUUACCGCUACAUUGGUUUGAGAAAUGAAAAGAAUCAAGCGCUGACUCUUCCUGCUAUAUUUGUGUAUAUUGAGGUGAAGGACUAUGUACCUGAUACAUUCGCCGAUGUGAUUGAAGCGCUCUCCAACCCCAUCAGAUACGUGAACUUGAUGGAGCAGAGAUCCAAACAGCUCGCAGCUCUCACGCUAGAGGAAGGAGAAGAAGAGAAAGACACUAAAGAGGCAGAACCGGGUGUUGAACACCCCUCAGAGGUGAAAAGUGAACCCAAACCCGCCCCGGUAGAGAACGGACUGAGUCACACACCCAGUGCGGCUCCUAAACCCGCCUUGCAGAUCAACGCACAGCCACAGUCUACAGGCUCAACGAAACCAGCCACGAAGACUGAAGAUCUUAUCCACAGCGUCCUCACUGAGAUGGAGGCUCAAACCAUCGAGGAACUCAAGCAGCAGAAGAUGUUUGUACGAGAACAGAGGAGACACUAUAAAGAGAUGAAAGAUCUCAUGAAGAAACAUCACAAGAAGACCACUGAAAUGAUCAAGGAGCACACGGCCAAAUACAACGAGUUCCAGCACGACCACCUCCGCAAACGAGCCGUCCUGCUGAAAUCUGCCAAACGAGACGGUAAGAGAAGGUGUUUGUCGUCCAGUCCGGAGCACGGGCCGUCGUUCUUCAAGCAGGAACUGGCCAAUUUGGAUCAAGAGAGCGGACAGAAACUGUCAGAACUCAAAGAACAGCAGCAACAACAGCUGCUGAACCUGCGACAGGAACAAUAUUACAGCGAGAAAUAUCUGAAGAAAGAGCACAUCAAGCAGGUGAUCGAGAAGUUGACCGUCAUCGCAGAGGAAAGCCAGAGCAACCAAAUGAAGAAACUCAAGGAACUGUGUGAAAAAGAAAAGAAAGAGCUGAAGAAGAAAAUGGACAAGAAGAGACAAGAGAAGAUCAGUGACGCCAAAUCAAAGGAGAAGCAUUUAACAGAAGAGGAGAAACUGGAGAUCAACAGGACGUAUGUGCAUGAGGUGGUGCACCACAUUAAGAGGUUGGAAGACGCUCAGACAAAAAGACAUGAGAAGCUCGUUGAAACACAUAAGAAUAUUUUACAACAGAUACUUGAUGAGAAACCCAAGCUUCAGAAUGAUCUAGACCAGGAAUACCAGGACAAAUUUCGACUUCCGCUGGAGAUCCAGGAGUUUGUGCAUGAAAGCACCAAGAGAAAGACUGAAGAUGGAGAACAGGAAGUUCUGCCCUCAUCUGGCACGCUGGAGAAACUCACGCAGAAGGGCGCACAAUCUGAAGAUGACACGGAAGAAGAGAAGAAAGACUGAUCAUACGAUGACCUUCAGGAUUGCUUCCCAGUUCACUUUGACAUUUUAUCACUGACAUAUUAGACAUUUUAAGGGUUGUGUUUGCUCCAGAAGAUAUCAACCACAGACAGAAGGAGAGUUUUUGGAUGCAAGUCAUGGACGUAUGGCGCAAUGUAGGUUUUUUAUGCAUUCAUGUAUUUUAUUUGAGUUUUUGUACAAAUCAAGGUUUAACGUGUGAAUUAUUUCUAGUGUCUGUCGGGGUGCUUCUCAUAAAAAUGAGUGAUUCAUAGUUUAAAGAGGGUUCAGGACAUGAGCACUGAUUUGUAAUUUCAUGCACUGUAUGGAGAAAUGAUUACUGUACUAGUACUGUAUUGUACUGUAGAGAUUAUUUCACAUUUUACGAGUGAAUCUUACAAAAAAAAUUGGGUCAAUUUACCCCAAAAACAACCCGGGUCAUAUUUCACCCCAAAAACGAAAAGAAAAAAAUUAGAAUAGUCAUUUAUUUUAGGAUUUCUUGCAUUGUGACAUUAUUGUUAUGCCAAUUAUGGUGUAUAAUUGUUUUACAGUUGCAUUAAUGCAUCAUUGUUUUUUCACUGUAUCAUAUAUAUAUAUAUAUAUAUAUAUAUAUAUUAUGGCAGUAAUGAA